GCUUGGCUUCGGCCUGGUCCCACCAUCACUUUCCCUCCGAUCUGAGAAAUAAAUAAAAUUUAAUAAAAAAAUAAUUUAAAAAACAGAGAGACGAGUUGUUCGAGUACGGAGUAACGGAGGUUUUACCUCGACGUACACGAUUGGGUGGACAACCGGAUCAGUGACGUCAUCACCACCGCCGAACCGUUUUCAUUCUCCGCCUUACGUCGUCGUUUUAGGGGGGGUGUACCAACCAGUUCGUAACAACCGCGUUGCACCGUAACAUUUUCAUUUUCUUUUUCUUUCACCACCGGCGGGUGAGGGUAGAAGAAUGCUUUAGAAGAAAGGUGGUGACGACGAUUCAGUCCGAGUCGACUCGCCUCUGACACGCCUUCUUCUUCGCUCGAGCCCGAGCGAGUCGGCUCGGCGGGAGUGAAUCAGUCAGUGGUACCUUCGCUCCUGAGUCUGUUGUUCUUGUUGUUUCUUUUUUUAUUUUCUUGGCGGCUGACCUAAGAACAAGGGCGGUGGUGAUGAGAGGCGGCUUGCUUAACCGUCGGAUGGUGCAGAGGCUCCGGCAGGUUGCGAUCUCAACCGUGGGAUCAUUGAAGAUCAAGCUGGUCUUGUGUUGUUGUAUCGGGUUGUCGCUCAUCGCGGUGGCGAGCCGUGUACCGGGCUUCUUGGGAUGGACCGGCCAUAGUGUCUCUAUGCCUCCGAUCUCUGAUUCACGGAAAGGGUAUGCCAUUGUAAUGAAUACAUGGAAAAGAUAUGAUCUUUUGAAGCAGUCAAUUUCUCACUACACAACCUGUUCUGGGCUUGAUUCAAUACAUAUCGUAUGGAGUGAGCCUGACCCUCCAUCAGAUUCUCUUAAAAAGUUUUUAAAUCACAUUGUAGAGUCCAAUGCUAGAGACGGGCGACUUGUUGAAUUGAAAUUUGAUAUCAAUAAGGAAGACAGUUUGAACAAUAGAUUCAAAGAAAUUACUGAUUUGAAAACGGAUGCUAUUUUUUCGAUUGACGAUGAUGUUAUAUUUCCUUGCUCUUCAGUCGAGUUUGCUUUUAGCGUUUGGCAAAGUGCACAAGAUACAAUGGUGGGAUAUGUACCCCGCAUUCAUUGGGUUGAUUCAACGAAAGGCAAUUUGGGUCAUUACAUUUAUGGUGGAUGGUGGUCUGUUUGGUGGACGGGCUCUUACAGUAUGGUACUCUCUAAGGCUGCUUUCUUCCACAAAAAGUAUCUAAGUCUUUAUACAAAUGAAAUGCCAGCUUCAAUCAGAAAUUAUAUAACUAAAAAUAGGAACUGUGAGGAUAUUGCUAUGUCUUUUCUUGUAGCAAAUGCAACUGGUGCUCCCCCUAUAUGGGUGAAAGGCAAGAUAUUUGAAAUUGGUUCAACAGGUAUUAGUAGCUUGGGAGGUCACAGUGAAAAAAGGACCGAAUGCGUUAAUAGAUUUGUUGCGGAGUUUGGACGAAUGCCAUUGGUAUCUACGACAGUUAAGGCCGUUGACAGCCGCAAAAUCUGGUUUUGGUGAUGAUAGAGAGUGAGUAGCGCUUACCCUUUCAAUUGCUAAAUUGUAGACUUGGUUUUGGUUUUGCGGUUCAUCUGGGCUCCUACGGUGUAUAAUAUGGAUUUUUCUACGUAAUUGAUGUAUUUUUGAGAUAGAAAGCUUACUUAGGACAAUAGCGCGUCCUUAUUGGAUUGAUUUCUUGAAUUCUUACUAUGUAACACAUGGCAGUUGCCAAGAUGGUUACUUUACUACUCACAGCAACCACUCCCAUUUUUUUUUUUUGGUUGUAGUAAACAAUGUCUCCUCAUUUGAAAUCUAUCUUUGGUAAAUACUCCUACUUUUUGAUA